GUCACCUACAGAUAAUUUACAAUGUUUUGGUUGUGUAUGUUACGUAUCGAUAACUAUCUGUUGACUCUUAAUCAAUCACAACCGACAUUGCAUCAUCAUUGUGUAAUAAAGCAAAUCAAAGUCCGUAUUGCGCAGUUAAAAAAACAAACCAAAUAAAUGACAAGUCAACGUUCUCAAUCAGAAGAGAUUUGUUACAAGCGAAUGCUUUCAAUAUCACCGGCUAUAUCAAAUUACAUUUUUUCAUGUGAAUACUUCUACAUUAUCACAACAUCAAUCAACAGAUACAUUAUUCGCGACACCAUUUCCUGUUAUAAGCUACCUUUCGAAGGACAACCAUUAAGUGACAUUUGACAAGGUCAGCAUGGCAAAGGCACCAGUGACCAAUGAACAUUUGCAAAAACCUUCAUUGGAGGAAGAUGUAUCGAAUGAAAACAGUUGUGAGGUUGAUUUUGCGAAAGAAGGGAUAAAAGAACCAGCAAAGCACGAUCACAGUAAACUAAGUAGUGAUAAAAAGUCACAACAUGGGAAAGAAACGUUGAAAGCACAAGCAGUGCAAGAAAUAGGAGAACAACAUGCAGAUCCAAAAGAAAGCAGACAUCAGUCCAGGAUAGCUGAGGAAAAUGAGCCCAUUGUAAAGGACAGUGUGCAACACGUAGUUGAUGAGGACAAUGGCUUUAGUUCUCAAGGCAUAUUAAUUGGUGAAAACAAUGAUCAAGUGCCAUGCACCCUUAAUAAAUUAUCAGACAGCAAAUCAACGCCAUUGGAGACAGACGUGCCAGAGGCAAUUUUUCAACAGUUCACAAAGCCAAGGAACAUACUGACAAGUCAGUUAUAA